AUGGAGCUCGAUAAAGCGAGAAUCGAGCAGUACCAGCGCCAGCUUCGGGAAGAUGAGACCCCAGAGCCAGAGCCAUGGCACCCCCAAGAACUCGAAAACAGCUGGGCGCGUGGCAAUACUCGACGACCUCUACCUGCCAAUCGCUCUGACAACCACAAAGUCAGCCUUUAUCGCCUGCAGCAGCGAUGGCUCAGCUUCUGCGAAAGGAUGGGCAGACGGGCGGAUUGGAAGGCUCUGCUGAAGACUCUGACCUUUGACAAUAAAGGCCUCGGCGAGUCCUUCAUUCGAUAUCUCAUGCGGGACUCUGAUCUCCGCCGGAACGGAUGCACCAUCAACUUGGAGAACUCAAUACGAGUGUAUACAAGGAGACUCGGGGGACUGUACAAGAAGUACACGGCCGAGCCGUGGGACGACAACCUCAGGGACCAUCUCCGCCAAUAUGCCAAGAUUCUCAUCACACCGAAAUGGAAGUUGAGACGAGAGCCCAAGGCCAAGCCUACCAUGGGCCCUGAUUUCUUCAUCUAUCAUAUCCAUUUCCUCUGGGUACACGAUACGUCUCAUUUCCAUAUCGGGUUGGACCGACUCGACGACGCUGCUAUCCGCUACUUUGCCAUGUACACCGGCUGUCGAAAGCACGAGCUGGUUUAUGCCAAACACCCAAACGUCGACAAGAUCUUGAAGACGGCUGCUGAGGACACGGACGCAUACACCGACGUGGAAAACGACACGGAAGAAUGUGUGCGGCGUCGACCUAAGGAGUGUUGGGUGUGUGGUGGUCUGGACGAGAGGUGGGAUAAUCCCAAGUUGACGGUUCUCUGCUGGGAGGAUAUCGAUUUCUGGAUCCUCCGCGAUCCCGAGCGCAAUGGGGGGCGUGACCGCCUCGCCAUGCAGGUUCUACUUCGUUGGCACAAGGGCGAGAACAAGAAGAUCGGGCCGACAUGGUUUACCUUUAUUGAAGAGGACGUUCCCGCUCUUUGUCCGGUAUCUCACGUCCUUGCUAAGGCGCUGGCCGAGGGUGUCAUUGACGCCCCGGGUUAUCAGACGAGAGCAGAGCCAUUCUUCAGCACCAAGCUCAACCAGCCUUCGAUUAAAAUCAAAUGGAAGCGGGAGUGGUUGCAUCGGCCAGUGUUUCGGAUGACUCUUGACGACCUAGGCACCAAGUCCAAUGAGCCGUUAACAGCUGCGACCUUCGACAGUCACUCCAUACGGUUAGGGGUUGCAAUGGGUCUUCUGGAACGCUUGACAGAGUACGCCUACCGGAGAGGGUUCGCUAAUUGCGUUGAUGGUAAGUUUGCUUGUCUUCUCUUGUCUAUGCACGUUCUGACGCGGCGCCAGAAAACUAUCGCCAAUCGGUUCGGGACCAAGGACUUCGUCACCGCCCGAACAAACACAAUCUACCAAGAGGCUUAUCAAAACGCCAACUGCAAUGCUGUCGUUCAGGACGCCUUCCUCGGUCGAGGUACCGCGGCCCCCUACCUCGCCAUUUUCAACCACAUGGGCUUGCAUCGAGAUGAGAAUGCACCGAAGGUGGUCUCUGACGAAUUGAUGUGUGCUAUCGGCCCCAGCAGCGACGUGUGA